AUGGCUGGGAGUGCCCCGUUUCCCGUGGCUGCAUUGGAUGCAGCGUUCAGGAAGGAGGAGGCGGAGGGGCAGGGCACGGCGCCGGGGAAGGAGUCGUCUGCGGCGGCGGCGGCCCCCAAGACGUUGACAGAGUCUGGGUCGCCGUCGACGACGCCCACGAGGGCGGAGCAGCAGGUGGCGGCCGGGAAGAAGAGGAAGAGGGGUCCGACGGAUGAGGGGAGCCCCAGCAGGGAGGAGGGCGCCGGCGACGACGACGACGAGCCGCCGGUGGUCUCGGUGCCGCAGGCGGUGCAACGGCAGGUGGCGGUGCCCCCGCGGCGGCAGAGUGCUCUCCAGCUGCUUGUCAACGAGUGCCGCGUGCUGCUCGAUGGCUCCGAGUCCGCGCCGCCGCCCACCACCGUCUCGCGGAUCCUCGCCUUGUUCAAUGGAAUUGGACCGGACGACAUCCGGCUGGACACGGAGUUCGACGCCUCCGAGGUAACGAGAGCCGCCGCACGAAGCCCCACGCCGGUCAUCGGGGGCAAAUACAUGUACGAAUGCGAGAAAUUCACGGUGGCGAUCUUCUACCUGCCGCCCGGGACGGUGAUGCCGCUGCACGACCACCCGGGCAUGACGGUGUUCAGCAAGCUCCUCGCCGGCUCGGCGCACGUCCAGUCCUUCGACUGGGUCAGCCCCGCCGUCCACGGCAACGGCGCGAACCGCCCCGUUCGCUCGUCGACGACGAGGCUGGCGAAGAGGGUGCUGGACCACGACGUGGCGGCGGGGUGCGGCACCUGGGUGCUGUACCCCUCCUCCGGCGGUAACCUGCACCGGUUCAUCGCCGGCGGGGACGAGCCCUGCGCCUUCCUCGACGUCCUCACGCCGCCCUACUCGCUUGGCCCCCGCCGCCAGUGCACCUUCUACCGGGACUACCCCUUCGACCUCCACCCAAAUCAUCACGCGUUCGGCCGCAACUUGAGUGACGAGGAGAAGAGCCAGUUUUCAUGGCUGCGACCGAUGGGCGCCGGCAUGCUGCCGGACCUUAACAUCAUCCCCUUGACGUACAGUGGCCCGGAAAUCCUCUAG